CGGUUUGGACUCUGUGCUUACACAUCCCAGGGUCGGGACAUCAACCUGGAUGUGAACCGGAUACUGGGUUACCGGCACUUCUGCAACAAGCUUUGGAAUGCCACCAAGUUUGCCCUCCGUGGCUUUGGGAAGGAUUUUGUGCCUUCACCAUCCUCUGAGCCUGGAGGCCAUGAGAGUCUGGUGGACCGCUGGAUCCGCAGCCGGCUGACCGAGGCUGUUAGGCUCAGCAAUGAAGGUUUCCAGGCCUAUGAUUUCCCAGCUGUCACCACUGCCCAGUACAGCUUCUGGCUCUAUGAGCUCUGUGAUGUUUACUUGGAGUGCCUAAAACCUGUACUGAAUGGAGUGGACCAGAUAGCAGCUGAGAGUGCCCGUCAGACCCUCUAUACCUGCCUGGACGUCGGCCUACGGCUGCUUUCACCCUUCAUGCCCUUUGUGACAGAGGAGCUGUUCCAGAGGCUGCCCCGGCGGACACCACAAGCUCCUGCUAGCCUCUGUGUUACCCCCUACCCAGAGCCUGCAGAGUGCUCUUGGAAGGACCCUGAGGCAGAAGCUGCCCUUGAACUGGCACUAAGCAUCACUCGAGCUGUGCGCUCCCUGCGUGCCGACUAUAACCUGACCCGGAUCCGGCCUGACUGUUUUCUGGAAGUAGCUGAUGAGGCCACAGGUGCCCAGGCAUCGGCAGUAUCCGGCUACGUGCAGACGCUGGCUAGUGCGGGUGUGGUGGCUGUCCUGGCCCUGGGGGCUUCUGCACCACAGGGCUGUGCUGUGGCCCUGGCCUCUGACCGCUGCUCCAUCCACCUGCAGCUGCAGGGGCUAGUAGACCCAGCCCGGGAGCUUGGCAAGCUGCAGGCCAAACGAGGUGAGGUGCAGCGGCAGGCUCAGCGGCUGCAGGAACGCCGCACUGCCUCAGGCUACUCUGUCAAGGUGCCCCUAGAAGUCCAGGAGGCAGACGAAGCAAAGCUGCAACAGACAGAGGCAGAGCUCAGGAAGGUGGAUGAGGCUAUUGCCCUAUUCCAGAAGAUGCUGUGACAUACCCAACUCCAACCCUCACAACCCCAGUGGUCCACCAUGGGGAUGGCAGCAAUAAAAUAUUU